CUUCAUAUUAUUGUAGAAACUGAACCAUAAUAGGAAGUUUCGCAUCCUUGUUUGUUUUGUACCGUUUCCUGUUGAGAAUAAAGUCUGGAAAGUGCUGUGUUUUGAAUUGAUUUAUAAACAUACACAUUGUAAUAUGAAGUAUUAUGGUGUUGUAUUGAUCCUGAGCAUGUUGGAUUUAUCUUUAGUGGACACACAGGAAGACUACUGGCCUGUUCACACUGUGUGUGAAUCAAACAAGAUCCAAGUGACAUACAGGAGCUGCGGUGAGAUCAAAAACCCCAUACAGGAUGUAGGCUUCACGCUGACCUCUUGUUCAGACAUUUUUACACAGCCAUAUGUCAAAGCAUCCUUUCUCCUGAGACAAACUGUUGAUGAACUUUAUCUGUCUGUCGAACUAUUUCUCAAUGGAGUAAGCACUAUACAACAUGAUGAGCCCGUCUGCUUACCCAAUUUCCCUCGGUUCACCUUCUGUGGCAACAGGAGAGGAGAAAUGAUUGCCAUUCAGUCAUCUGUGCCAGGGCUGAAGAUUCCACUAAAGGGUCACUACAACAUUAAACUACAUGCUAUAAACCAAAAGGGCUUCCAGAUUGUUUGUGUGAAUGCCACUGCUAUAUUUAUGUAACAUAUGAAAUAGCCCGAAGAGUUAUAAGUGUAUAUUGUUUGAGGUGUGUUUACAUAAUGCUUCCUGAUUUUAACAAACAAAAGCUGUUUAAUUAAUAUUGAUAUUGGAUUUUAUUGACUUGAUCUGGAUUGCAGCAUUACCGAACCCUACCAAUAGAUGGCACCACUAGCAUCUUUCACUGUUAUUGUCUAUUGUUUUCUUGGUAACUUUUACCAGUCCUUAUGUCUUAUUUAGUAUACACACCCAGGCUCUCUGAUACAGAUCAGUACAUUUUUCAACCUCCUUCAUUUUCAGGCUCUUUUCUGACAUUCAACAGUCCAUGUCAUUUAUAUUGUAACUGGCGUGCACUCAGAACCACACAUAGUUUCGCACCACCGCUUAUUAUUUGUGAUUGAUAAGCAUACUGAACCUGCUCAGUGAUCAGACUUGUAGAACAGAAUUCAUGUGAUGUGAAAUAGUACAGUACAUUUUCUCUGUUUUUUUUAUCUCAUGGGAGAAAAUGUCCUUGUUCUUCUGUUUGCUACAACAUUUCAGAUAUGGAUUGAAAUCAUAGAUUCACCCUCAUCUAGCAUUGAUAUUAAAUAGGGUAAUGAUGCCUAAGAACCAUUGAGUCAGGAGAGGAAAAUGUAGACAGUCUGAUCACCUUGUCAACUGAAUAACAAAAUAAAUAAACAAACAAACAAAUAAAUAAAUAAAUAAAUAAAUAAAGCAAUGCACUUGUGUGUGUGUGUGUGUGUGUGUGUGUGUGUGUGUGUGUGUGUGUGUGUGUGUGUGUGUGUAUGUGAGUGUGUGUGUGUUUGUGUGUGUGUGUUUGUGUAUUAUAGCAAGUCUCUGUUUCUUGGUUAGGAAAACGGGGAAUGAGAAAAAUUAUGAUACCACGUUACAAAUCCUUAUGAGUGUGCUUUAACUGUUCACGCAAAAAAAAAAACAACUUUUUUUUCAAAGAAAAUGCAAAAUAUUAAAAAAGUGUGAAUACGGAAGUUGUUUAUUUCAAAAUGGCUUAAAUGUUCUUAAUAAAAAGUGAAACUUAAUAUGAACCAC